AUGGAAGAAGACAGUCGAAUAAUUAAUGAUGAUGAAUCAUUCAUUACAAAUGAUUCUUAAGUGAAUGAAACAUAAAUUAAAUAAUAUAAAAAAGUAAAAUUACUUGGAGUAGGAGCAUAUGGCAAAGCAUAUCUUGUUACAUCUGAUGAUUAAGAUGAAAUAAAAUAUGUAAUGAAAGUUGUACCUCAAUCAAUUUCAGCUAAUACAGAAGCAUCUAUAUUAUAAAAUCUUAGACAUGAUAACAUUAUUUAAUAUGUUGAAACCUUUAUUGAUAAUAAAGAUCGAUUAUGUUUAAUUAUGGAAUAUGCAAAUAGUAAUCAAAUUUUAUAGUAUUCUAUAGAUGGUACUUUAGGUUAGUAUUUAAAAUCAAGAACAUAACCUUUACUUGAAGCUUAAAUUAUAGAUUGGUUUACACAAUUGUGUUUAGCCUUGUAAUGUGUGCAUUCUUAAAAGAUAAUUCAUAGAGAUAUCAAAUCAGAAAAUGUUUUUUUGCAUGAUGAUAAAAUUAAACUAGGAGAUUUUGGAAUUGCUAGGUCAGUUGAAUAAGAUUUGGCAACUACAUUUGUAGGCACUCCCUAUUAUAUUUCUCCAGAAAUAAUACAAAAUUAACCUUAUUCUUAUAAAAGUGAUAUAUGGUCUUUAGGAGUACUUUUAUAUGAAAUGUGUACAUUUAAAUAUCCUUUUACUGCUGACUCUUUACCUGCCUUAGCUAAUAAAAUAAUGAAAGCUAAAAUAUAACCAAUAAGUGCUUAAUUAUACUCGUAAAAUAUGAAAAAUUUAAUAUCUUAACUAUUGUAAUUAGAUGCAAAUAAGAGACCAACAAUUGAAUAAAUUCUAUGUAUAAAAAUUUAUAUAUUUUAGAAAAUGCUUUAAUCCAAAAUAGAAUUAAAUAAUUAAAUAUUAAACAGUAAUAAAUCAUUAAAGUUCCUGUCUAACCUAUGCAAAGUACAAUUCAUUCUUAAAUUAGAGAAACAGUAACACUAAGUCGUUAUUAAAAAGGAGGAAUAUUCUUAAAACAAAAAAACAUCUCGAGAAGAAUUAUAAAAAUUUAUGCGAGAAGACAUCUAAAAAAAAGUAAUCUUUUUCUCAAAUUUAGAAAUGUUAAUAAAAACCUUAAGAAGUAGUAAUCGAAUUAUUUGGGCAACCAAAAAUAAAAUAAGAGUAACAAUAAUAAAUUACUUAAAUUGAUAAAAAAUAACCAAAAAGAAGAGAUAUACCAGUUGAAAUAUAUUUGCCAUCUAUAUCAAGAUCUGAAUUAUUAGAAUUAUAAUAAUAAUAACAAUAACAAUAAUAAUAAUAAUAAUAAUAAUAAUAAUAAUAAUAACAACAAUAAUAAUAAUAAUAAUAAUAGCUGCAAUAAGAAUAAUCACAAAUUUAAUAACCAUAGUUUCUGGAAACAGAUAAUAAUAAUAAUAAUGAAAAAAACUUAGAGAAAGAAACUUUUGAAAAAUAAUAAACUCAAGAUGUAUAAAGCCAAGAAAAAUAAGUGAUAAAAAAAUAAGAAAGUUAAAAAUAUAUACCAUAAGAAACAUAGGUUGCAUAGAAGCCUAUUAUUAAAUUAAGUUUUGAAAGAGCAGAAAAAUUAAGAAUGAAUUUGGAAUAAGCUUUUGGAAAUGAUUAAUUUUUAAAAUUAUAUCAAGUAUUUAGAAGUAUAAGAGAAAAAAAUAGUUGUGAUGUUAUAUCACAACAAUAUGGGCCUAGUUAUCAAAAUUUGAUUCCAGAAAUUAAUUAAAAAUGUACACCAGAGCAAUUAUAGAAUUUAUUUCUAUUACUUGAUUUUGAUUUGGAACAAUGAGAUUUAUAUUAAGGG